AUGAGUUCCAUUUCACAAUAUAAAAGAACAGAAGUUAUUGGAAGAGGUAAAUUUGGAGUGGUUUAUAAAGCGUAUCAUAAACAGACAAAACAAGUAUAUGCAAUAAAAGUUUUAAAUUUAGAUACAGAAGAAGAAGAAAUAUUAGAUGUUCAACAAGAAAUACAAUUUUUAACUGAAUUGAAAAAUGUUCCAAAUAUAACUCAUUAUUAUGGUUCGAUAUUAAACGAUACAAAAUUAUGGAUUGUUAUGGAUUAUUGUGCAGGUGGAUCAUUAAGAACUUUAUUGAAACCUGGUGUAAUGGAAGAAAAAUAUAUUGCCAUAAUUGUAAGAGAAUUAUUAUUAACAUUAAGUGCUGUUCAUAAAUUAGGAGUAAUUCAUAGAGAUUUAAAAGCAGCAAAUGUUUUGAUUUCAAAAGAAGGUAAUGUUCAAUUAUGUGAUUUUGGUGUUGCAGCGAAAAUAUCAGCAAAUGCAACUAAAAGAACUACAAUGGCAGGAACUCCAUAUUGGAUGGCACCAGAAGUUAUAAAAACUGGAGAAACAUAUAAUAGUAAAGCAGAUAUUUGGUCAUUAGGGAUAACAAUAUAUGAAAUUGCCACGGGAAAUCCACCAUAUUGUGAUAAAGAUGCGUCUUGGGCAAUGCAAUUAAUUUCAAAAGCAACCCCUCCUAGAUUAGAAGGUAGUCAAUAUUCACCAGCAUUAAAAGAAUGUAUUGCAUUAUGUUUAGAUGAAAAUCCAGAAGAAAGACCGUCAGCUGAUGAUUUGUUUAGGUGUAAAUUAAUGAAAAUUUAUAAAACAUAUCCAACUCAUAUAUUGAAAGAAGUUAUAUCAAGAUAUUUAUUAUGGAGAGAUAGAAAUUCUUCAAGAGAUUCAGUAUUUAUAAAUUUAGAAAAUGAAAGAGAAGAUACUGUUGAUGAAAUUGUACAAAAUAAAUUACCUAGCUAUAAUGAUUAUGGGGUUGAAAUUAAUAAUAAUAAUGAUGAUCAAUUACAAGUUAAAUGGGAUUUUGACUCGUUAGAGUCUAGGGAGUACAUGAUGGAGAAUGAUAUUGAUAUAAACAAUAUUGAGUAUAGUAAAAAUUAUGAAACUCAAAAUGGUGAAAACACUUACUCAACUAUACCAACUUUAAAAGCUACAACUUUCAGUGGUGGUAGUGGUGCAACUUUAAAUACACAAACAAAAUCAAUUGCUGAUAUACCUAAAUCUUUACAAAUGUUAUUUGAAGAUCCAGCAGAAGAAAGUAAAAAUGAACAUCCAAUUCUAGCUCCACCUUCAAUGAUGAAUGACAUAAAUGGUACAGAAUCACCCACAAUUGAAAUACCAGACAUGGAUGCAUUGUCAAAUUUUCCAUCUACUUCAACACUAAUAAAUCAUGGUCAUCCAGUUCUUAAUAAACCACCAACACUUUAUCAUACCCAAUCUGCAUCAGGAAAUUUAGAAACAAGGUAUACUUCUGUAAAUACAUCACCAAUAGAGAACAGACCUAGAAAAAAAACUAUAUCAAAUACAUUAGGACAAAAUACACCCGUGAAUACAACAACUACAAUUCCUACUCCUCAUACACCACCAUAUGUAUCAAAUGCUUCAGCAAGAAGUCCAUCUCCAAAACCUCCAACAAGUUUAGGUGUUCCAGGAAUAUCUUCCAAAACUAGUUCACCAUCCAAAAUGAAAGCAUUGCAAGGUCAAGGAAAUAAUAAUCCACUUUUACAACCAAUCAAUUUUAAAGCAGGAAAUGAUUUACAUUCCAAAAUAACGUCAGCUGCAAAUCCUCAACCCCCAAUACAAGCACCACCUCAAUUAGUACAACAACAAUCAAUGCCUAUUUUACCUGUCAAUCCUCCAUCAAAUAUCAAAAAUAGAAGAAAUAAACCUGCAUUCAUUCAAAUGCCAACACCAUCAGCAACAGUCAACUCAUUAUCAGCACUAACUAACGAUCAUCAUGAAGAGGAUGAAAAUGUAAAUCAAUUUGGAAUCAAUCCAGCUCAAGCUGCUUAUAUGCAUGUAUCAAUGACUCCAGUAACAGAGAAAGAACCACCUCAAUUUCCAACAAAUUCAACAGCAUCAUCUACAUCUACAAAAGUUGAAGAACAACAAUAUGAAAAACCAAUCAAAGAAAGCUCACCAAAUCCUCAAAGUCGACCUCAUCAAAAUAGUAUACUGGCUCAAAAGAAAACUCAACAAGCUCCAUCAAAUUUAAGUAUAAAUACUAAUAUCAAUCAUGUUCAUUCAAAUUCAAUACCACACAAUUUAUCAUCAUCUAAUUUAUCAAACCAACAUCCUAAUUUGAAUAAAAGUAAUACAACAAUAAAUCAUUCAUCUCAAGCUUCACAACAACAAAAUGGAUUAAAUACAACGAUUCAACCAUCAAUAAAUUUUCCCAUUAUUCCAACUAUUAAAAAUGAUUUCUUCAUAGAUUCCACAACAAACAAAUCAAAAUUAGUUAAUGAAUUAGAUACAAUUAUAAAAUUAUUUAAUCAUGGGUUAGAUGCAUUAGAAGAAAAUUUAUAA